AUGAGCCAAGCAUCAGGGGCCGGAACGAAUCCGCCCAAGGUCGAGACACAGGCCGUGGGCUCGGCCCGCCGUGGCGCAGCACCUGCCGUGGUGCCCGAUACUAAGAACACCGCGCCGAUCGUCGUGCCUGGAGGGGCCGAACGCCCCGAAGGGCCGAUCGCGCGGCCUACUCCCGGCACGACGCCGCUCCCUGCUGCCCUUCAAGGUCAGCCUCCCGUCAUUCCAUACAUGCAGUCGCGCCCGAUGGAACCGGGCGCGCUCGUCCCGUCGAACACGCGUCCGCCGUACGGCGCGCCCCCGUCGCGUCCGCCAGUGCUCGGCCCGAUGGGGGGUGCGCCGGGCGCGCCGCGUCCUGGUGCGCCGCCGAGCGUGCGGCCCCCGCCGUUUCUAGGCGGAGCCGUGGGUGGCGGUGCGCCCAUGCCGGCCCGGCCCCCGUUCCUGGGGGCGCCGGGACGUAACAGCCCCGGCGGCGCGCCGGGUGCGCCGGGUGCGCCUGGUACGCCGGGCGUUCCCAGCGCGCUGCGUAGCGGCCCGCCAGCCGCGCUGCCGCCAAACAGCGGCGUGCCGAGCGGCGCGAAUGCCUCGCCGGGCCGCGCGCCGCCAAGCGCGGCGCGCCCGCCGCCGAGCCCUGCCAAGGAAGGGCCAUCGCGUGCAAACGCGCCUGCACUUGCGCCGCUUAACACGGCCGCACUGAGCGGCACUUCGACGCCGGCCGAGCAGACGCAGAGCACGGUGACGUCGCCGACGCAGAGCUUUAUUCUGGAGCGCCAUACCAACAUCCAGCCGACGAUGCCGAACCCGCUGGGUGGUGACUCGCUGCCGAAUGCGAGCGCCAAGGACAGCGCUGCGUCGCGCGCGGGCUUUUCGACACUCGCGGGCGGCACCGGCAACGGCCCCGUGCCUUCGGACGCCAAGGGCUCGCCGCUCACGACGACCUCGCCGACGGCCGCCCCGGCCGACGGGCCGCUGCUCGACCACAGCCACCUGCAGCCGGGUGAGACGGUGUCGCUCUUGAGCCACACUCAGACGCUCGACAUGUACCGCAAAAAUGCCAAAAAGUCAAAUGACCCCCAGCUGAACUACGAGCUGGCGGUCUUUAUGCUGGACGUUGCGCACUCGCUGGAGGCCACUCCUUCUGAUCCCGAGCAGGAAGCGGCGACGGAGCGCGAGGCACUCAUCAAAGAGGCCACUUCCAUCCUCAAGAAGCUCGCCGACCGCGGCCACUGCGACUCGCAGUACCUCAUCGGCGACUGCUACGCCAAUGGAUUCGGCACGCCAAAGGGCAAGCAGGACUUUGGCCAGGCGUACUCCUACUUUACGCUCGCCGCCAAGCACGGCCACCCCGAUGCGGCGUACCGCGCCGGAACCUGCUACGAAAAGGGCUGGGGCUGCCGCCGCGACGCGGCCAAGGCCGUGCAGUUCUACCGCAAGGCCGCGAGCCAGGGCCACCCCGGCGCGCAGUACCGCCUGGGCACCGCCGAACUCAACGGCGAGCUGGGCCUGAAGCGCUCGGCCCGCGAGGGCGUCAAGUGGCUCAAGCGCAGUGCAGAGAGCGCCACGCCCGAGUUUCCGCACGCGCUGCACGAGCUCGCACUACUGCACGAAAAGGGUAUCCACAACGUGCUGUUUGCCGACCCAGAGUAUAGCUGCGAGCUACUCGCAAUGGCAGGCGAGAUGGGCUAUGCGCCGAGCGCGUACAAGCUCGGCGUGAACUACGAGUACGGGCGCAUGGGAUGCCCGCAGGACGGCGGUCUGAGUAUCCACAUGUACAACAUUGCCGCACAGCAGAACCACAAGGAGGCAUGCUUUGCGCUCACCGCGUGGUACCUCGUCGGCGCGCCGGGCAUUCUCCCUCAGAGCGACACCGAGGCGUACCUCUGGGCAAAGCGCGCCGCGGAACAGGGACUCGCCAAGGCCGAGUACGCCUGCGGCUACUUUGCCGAGAUGGGCGUCGGCACCAAGAAGGACCUUUCGGAGGCCAAGGGCUGGUACAUCCUCGCUGCCGAGCACGGCGACAACCGCGCACACCAGCGCCUCUCGUCGCUCUCGGGCUACGCCGCAAAGAAGGUGUCGGCGGGCCAGCAAAGCCCGUCGGACGAGUCCAGCGCAGUGAUCGUCCAGCCGCUCUCGGCGCCGUUUCCGGGAUCGCCAGUGAACGGCUCAACGCGCUCGCUCGGCGUACUCAAGUACCCGACGCCCAAGGCCAUGCGCGAGACACAGGCGUUCCAGCGCGACUUGCACUACCAGGCGCUCGUCGCAGUGACCAACGAGCGCGAGCGCAGCAAGGAGCGCGAGGCUCUCGGCAUUACGUCGCCCAAGGCCACGUCGCCGACGUCGAACCAGUUUGGCGCGCCGCGCGGGGCCAACACGUUCCUUACAGGCUCCAUGCCGAGGCCGGUGCGCCCGAGCAACCCGCCGAAGGAACGCGCCGCAUCCGCCACGCGCUCGCCCAAGCCGGGCAACGGCGAGCCGAUUCGCAUGAUCCAGGCCGGGCCACGCGCAGGCUUUGCGCCGCUGCCGCCCAAGCCCGAGCCCGAGCCGGAGCCAGAGGCCAAGCCAGAGACCAAGCCGCAGUCGCCCAACGCGGGCGUCGUGCCGGGCGCUUUCCCAGGCGCCGCGUCCCCGCCAUCAGGGGCGCGGCCGUUUGGCCAGCCGCAGAACCAGCCGCUCGGCGCACAGCCGCGGCCGGGUCAGCCGCAGGGCGCGCCGGGCCAGCAGCCGCCACCAGGCCAGCCGCGCCCGCCCCAGGCCGCCCCGCAGGGAUCGCCCGCCCCAGGCCGCCCGCCGCAGGGAUCGCCCGCCCCAGGCCGCCCGCCGCAAGGGCCGCCGGGCCAACAGCGCCCGCCCCAGGGCCCCCAGACCCCUCAAGGCCCCCAGGGUCCCCAGGCGCCCGCCGGCGCGCUCGGCCGGCCCCAAGGACCGCCAGGCCAGCAGCGCCCGCCGCAAGGUGCUCUGCCGCCGCCGAGCGGCCCGGGUGCUCGUCCGCCGUCGGGAUCGCCCCAGAUCAGGCCUUCGCAGCCAUUCCUGCAGGGCUCGCCCGGCGCACGCCCUGGCCAGCCUUUCCCGCAGCAGGGAUCGCCCAACGCACGCCCGCCCCAGGGACCGCUCUCGCCCCCGGGGCCGCCCGGCACCCGCGGACCGCAGGGAUCGCCGCUCGGCCAAGCACCGGGCGCACGUCCCCUGCAGGGGCCGACCGAUGCACCGGGUAUGCGCCCCGGCGACGGACCCGCGCCGCUUCCGCCCUUUGGCCAGCCGCAAAACGCACAGGGUCAGCCCGGUGCGCGUCCGCCCUUGGGCCAGGCCGCACAGCCCGGCAUGCCGCCGGGCCAUGCGCCAGGCGCACGUCCGCCGGGCCAGCCCAACCAGCCGGGCCUGCCACCGAGUAUGCCUGGCCAGGGCCCCGGCACUCGCUCGCCCUUUGGCCAGGCGGCGCAGCCUGGCAUGCCGCCGGGCCAGGGCCCUGGCGCGCGUCCUGCGCCCAACCAGCCGGUGCAGCCUGGCCUGCCGCCGAGCGCCCCCGGCCAAGCCCCUGGCGCACGUCCGCCGUUUGGCCAGGCGCCCGGUGCGCGUCCUCCGACGCCCCAAGGGCCGUGGCAGGGCCCCGCGCGUCCGCCGCUCGGUCUUUUGCCGCCGCAAGGAUCCGGGCCCCAGGCCCAAGCCGGCGGCCGCCCGGCCCCGCAAGGGCUGCCCGGCAGCAAUCCGUUUGCACCUGGCGCUCGCCCCCCUGGCGCACCGCUUGGCCCGAAUGCUACGGGCCAGCGUCCUCCUGGCGCGCCGCUCGGCCUCGCCGCGCCUAGUGGUGCGCCCGGCGCGCCGCCCGGCCCCGGCAACGACUCGAUUCGCCCGGUGCUGGCAGGCUUCCGCCCCAGCGGCGCACCCGGCGCGCCCCCGUCGAGUGGUGCACCCACUUCUCCGAGCCUUCCCAAUCCGUUUGGUGCGGGCCCCGAGUCGAAAGGUGGGCCCGGCGCUCCUACGUCUGGUCCUGGCGCCAUGCGCCCUGGCGCGCCGCCUGGCCCUGGGGCGGUGCGCCCCGGUGCGCCGCCCGGCGCUGGAGCGGUGCGUCCUGGCGCGCCGCCUGGUCCUGCACCGGGUUCAACGCCCGGCACGGCGCCGCCCGCAGGCAGCGCCAGCGCCCCCAAGCCCGAGUCGUCAGCCGAUCCCAAGACGUCGAUCGACGUGCCUUCCGAGGCCGGAUCGGACGGCAAGAAACUGCGCAAGUGGUUCGGGCUUGGAUAA